GUUUUGCAAAACCUAAAUCUCAAAACGAUGUCGUUCCUCUCUCGCCUUCUCCUCCGUAACACCACCACCACGAACAUCCGUUUCUUCUCCGCCGUCACCACACCCGCAACCUCGCAACGAACACAAUCCCUCAUCACCCUCGUAAACGACGAACAAGACCCAAAAUACAUCACAGAGAAGUUCAAAAAGGCUUCCCAAACCGAAUGGUUCCGCAAAAACAAACCCGUCUACGAACGCACCGUCCGCCGCCUCGCCGCCGCCAAGAAAUUCGAAUGGAUCCAGGAGAUCCUCGAGGAGCAGAACAAGUACCCAAACAUGUCCAAAGAAGGCUUCGUCGCGAGAAUCAUCAACCUUUACGGCCGUGCAGGUAUGUUCGAGAAUGCACGGAAAGUGUUCGACGAAAUGCCUCAGAGAAAAUGCAAGAGAACGGUUUUGUCCUUCAACGCCUUGUUGAACGCUUGUGUGAACUCAAAGAGGUUUGAGUUGGUGGAAGGGAUAUUCAAGGAGUUGCCAGAACCGGAUAUUGCUUCUUACAAUACUUUGAUCAAGGGGUUGUGUGGGAAGGGUUCUUUGUCUGAAGCUGUUGCGUUGAUUGAUGAGAUUGAGAAGAAGGGUCUGAAGCCUGAUCAUUUCAGCUACAAUUUACUGUUGCAUGAGUCUUAUACAAAGGGGAAUUUUGAGCUGGGGGAAGAGAUAUGGAGUAGGAUGGUGGAGAAGAAUGUUGGGAGAGAUAUACGUAGUUAUAAUGCUCGGUUGUUAGGAUUAGCUUUGGAGAUGAAGUCAGAAGAGAUGGUUGGUCUGUUUGAGGAGCUUAAGGUUAAUGGGAUUAAGCCUGAUGUGUUUACGUUCACUGCUAUGGUUAGAGGAUGUGCAGGUGAAGGGAAAGUAGAUGAAGCUAAGAUGUGGUACAGGGAGUUAGAGAAGAGCGGUUUUCGACCGAUGAAAUUGAUUUUUUCGUCUUUGCUUCCUGCAAUGUGUAAGGCUGGCGAUUUGGAGUCAGCUUUUGAGCUUUGUAAAGAGAUAUUUGCUAAGCGUCUACUUGUUGAUGGUGUCAUCAUGCAAGAGGUGGUUGAUGUAUUGGUGAAAGGGUCAAAGCAAGAAGAAGCUGAGGAGAUUGUUGAACUCGCUAAGAAGAAUGAUUAUUUACAUUUCAAGCUACGUCUAUCUUCUGAAGAGUAAAGUAGUAGUUCAUUUGCUAGCUUAUCAACAAGUUUCUAGUCUAUGUUUUUCUCUCUGAAGUGUAUUGUUGUUGGCACUUGGAUAACUGGACUAUUUGAUGUUUUGUGCUCUUGUGCCUUCUUUGAAAUUGAGUAAUAGUACUUCAAGAUUGUCUAUUGGCAAGCAACUUCCAUAACGAAGGCGUUAUAAUGGUGGUCCUGUCUAGUUGACUUCACUUGCAAGGCAACAAAGUUAUAUUGGUGUCGUGUCUCUUGUAAUUUUUACCAAUUUUUAGUUUAGGUGUUUCGAGUUUCUAUUAUUAAGAUGAACAUGCAUAGUAUAAUUCUAAUCUCG